AUGCAGUUCUUCUUCCCCAGGCAGCAUCGGCACUACAAGUUGACGUACUGGUUGAUGGCCGUUGAAUUCCCAUUUACCAUCGUCGUCUUGACUCUUACGGGUAUCGCCUCACACAACCUCUACCGGUCAUUGCUAUGGCAGGAUGGUGCCGACAAUGGCUUUAAUAGCGCCCCAGAUGAGGCACUCUAUGCAGCUGCCAAUCACCGUCCCUACAAGGCCCCUAUUGUCUGGUCAGAUUUCAUCACCAACUACAACCUGGUCCUUGGUGUUUUGAGCACAUUCUUCUUGAUCGUCAAGCUGCCUCUCCAUGCGAUGCAUCUGUUCCAUCCUCCGAUCGCAGCGACAAUUCACGGAUCUCUUGUGGCACUCUACAUUGUCGCGGCCCGUUAUCAAGCAGGCAGUGAUAUGUCCGACCCGCAACAUCCCCAGCCUGGGCCGCCAUGGUAUAUUACAAAAAGCUGCAGUGUUGCUGCUCAACCGUCAAAUAUUGGAUACUGUGCUCAAGCCAAGUCGCUUUUCGCAAUCACCGUUAUUGUGAUCGUGAUCUAUGUGGCGGAAUUCGGAAUCAGCGUCCACUCCUGCUUCAUCACCCAAGAAGAAAAGGAGCAAGUUCUGGAAGCAAGAGAGGAGAAACGUAUCGAGAAGGAAUUCGAGGAAGAAAUCCUCAAAUCACCCAGCAUGAUUCCCAUGUCGGCUGCUGGAAUGGUCCCUCGAACCCCCGGAUUUCCUCCAAUGGUCGCUUCGCCCGCCGUGAGGCACGGAGCUCCAAUCUCGCCAUUCACGCCCCGCCAUCUGGCAUUCAACCGUCUCGGAAGUGGUAGCACCUCAUCCGAUCUCCCACUAAGAGAUAACUCGAGCAUGCCUACACCCCAGAUACCUUGUCAGCCGCAAACGACAGAGGCGCAGACGCCACCUGCCCAGCCUAUGUAUUUCCCGCCACCUCCAAAGAAGGCAAUGAAGAACUGA